AUGUCUUCCCGCGACUUGAUAGAAAGCGCCUACGCCGCCAACCCCAACUUAAAGAAAAGGAUAUUUGAUGCCAUCAAUGCAACGCCUCAACAUGAUUCAUUAUUCCGAGACAUCGCCCAGUAUCAACUUUCCUCACAUAACUCAAACGGGAUUUCCACAUCUGGUCAUGAGGAACCUGCAUUAAAGAAGCGCAAAUUGAAUGGGUCAUUACCUCUAAAUACUGGCGAUGCUGCGGCAAAUCAAAGUCAACAGCCACGAGAAGUUGUGCUUGAGGCGCGAGACAUAUCUUUCUCAUUACCUCAGCGCAAGAAAUACCAUCUGGGUAUUGCACAGUAUGGCACAGACAUAAAUGCACCAAGCACAACCUUCUCCAUCUUUAUACUUACACCGGCCACAAAUGAAAUUGAGCUGGAGGUUCCUUUGUCGGAUUUUGCCUACGCUUUGAGACUCCCAGUUCCAGAGAAGACGACUAAACAAUACAACUUCUGCCUCCUACCAAAAAAUGGCUCCGCUUCUGCAUCACAACAGCCAAGGGAACCAGUCAUUUGGACAGUCCCGCAUGGGCCGGUGAAGACUCUCAAUAUUAUGUCGAGUUCGUUGUCUGCAAUCGCUUCCAAAAAAGCUGGUUCUGAUGAUCAGAUUUUGGAGAAGGCUUUAUCCUUCGUCUUAUCCAGACAUGAUAUCCAGCUUACACAGCCUUCCAAGGACGAGUUUGCAUCUGCCAAACCCGAAUCGCAUCACAAAAAUGACACCGCUUAUCACGUGCGUGCAUUUCGUGGCAGCAAAGAGGGGUUUUUGUUCUUUCUCGAUAAUGGCAUUUUCUUUGGAUUCAAAAAGCCUCUACUCUUCUUCGGGUUUGAGAACAUCGAGAGCGUCAGCUAUACCAGUGUCUUGCAGCGAACAUUCAACUUGAACAUAGCGUAUCGAGAGGGCGACCUCAAUGAUGACCAGCCCGCUGACAUUCAGGAAAUCGAGUUGGGCAUGAUCGACCAAGCAGAUUUUCCAGGCAUUGAUGGGUACAUAAAGAAGCACGGACUACAAGAUGCAAGCCUGGCGGAGUCUCGGAGAGCGACCAAGGUGAAAACAACCACGAAUGGAAAAAGUGCAGAAAAUGGAGAAGGAGCAGCUGAUGAUGAAGAAGAUGGAAGAACAGAGCUCGAAAAGGCCCAGCAGCAACUCGAGGAUGAAGAGGACGAAGAAGAAGAAGAUUACGACCCUAGUAGUGAUGAUGACAGUGCAGGUAGCGGCGAUGACAGCAGUGAUGCAGAGGAUGAGGACCCAGAGUAUGCGAAAGAGCGGAAACGUGCCACUAGAAGCAGAGAUCUUGUUGCAGAGGAGCUGGGCAGUGAGGCAGAAGACGUCAGUGUCACAGAAGACGAGGAUGAAGCCGAAGAUGGUGAAGGAGCGGAAGAGGAAGAGGAAGAGUACGAUGAAGAAGAACCCGAAGAGGAGGAUAUCAAGCCUGCUGUUACCUCAGGCUUUGCCUCCGUUGCAAUGACAGGGCCUCCUCCACAGCAGCGUCAGGGUCGAUGGGUUCAACCACCACCUACAUUGCCUGACCCGGACGAUGAAGAUCAACUGUGA